AUGCCGCGUCCGAGAGUGCCCGCGCCGGUUUGUCUAGCGAAGUUGUCGAACUCGUAGCGUAAUAAAAUUGGCGGAUCCGUAGCCGUACGCGAAAAGAAACGGAAUCGCGUUGCUGCGAUUCAACUGGGGGAAGAAAUCUGAUCUGGUGAAAUAGUCUUAGGUGCCGGAGGGUAAUGUGUAUUUACGAAGGAUCCAAUUCGAAGGAUUUUAAAGGUUGAUUGGAAAUUGUGUGGGAAUUAAAUUUCUCGGAGAGUUUAUGGUUACAGAUUUAUGCCGAUGAUCGCUGAUCUGGAAGCGAGGAGUUCAAAAGGGUAAUAGGGUCAGCUGAGUGCGGUUCCGGGUGAACAGCGAAAGCAUCUGAUGCGAAAAAUGUAGGCAUGAUGUAAUAAGCAGCACAUCAGGCUUGAUAGCUACGGAUGCCGAAAGCUUGGGUGUCGGGAAGUGAAUAAUCCUGACAUGCCUGGAAGAGCAUUAAUAUGAUACGAGUUUGUUUUUAAUUUCGGGCACUGUGUCGAGUGCGGCAGUAAUUAAUGACAGUUGUACCUUAUCUAGUGGAUUCAUGAGGAAUCUCAUCAUUAGUAGUGUCGGCGGAUUCUACAGUGUGCUAUGUGUUUGCGUUGUGUUUGGUGAAAAGAGCAAAAAGAUACACAAGAGCCGGAUUUUGGAUAGAUGCGACUACGUGGGUUCUGCCGGGCAGACACAGCGUUGAACACGUUGAAACUAAAACGUUCCGCAGGCACAUUUCAGGCGAGGAACGGAAUAUCAGACACGUUUCUGCUCUUAUGGUUUUUCAGAAUGACGUGUGUGUAAUGUGUCGCACCUUGUCGCUAACGAGAUGAGAGACGCUUUACAGCCUGCACCGUAGUAAACAUAAAGUGAUUGUCGGUGUUAAACAUCAAACUACAUCUACUAGCAGAAAAAAAACUGAACCACUCUCCCGAUUGAAGUGCUACGAACCUGUCGAGAAGCGAAGUCAAGUGAUUGAUUAAUAAUUAAACUAGUGUGAAAACACAACGAUCCAUCGCAUCUCAGUGUCCGUGAGAAGUGCUAUGUGCGCAUCUGCAUGUGCUCGCCAGCUUCCCUAUUCAGGAAGUUCCUGUUGUUCCCCUGCAGCGGAAGCAGGGUGCCCAUAGUUUGUUGAAAGUAGAAAAAGUUGCGGUAUAUAAAUUUAUACGCUUCAGCUGCAGUAACGUCAUCCGGUCCAGGCACAUGUGGUUCACCGUGAGCCUUCCUGGGGCGUUGAAUGAUGAGUGCUGAAUUGGAGCUUAGAUGCGGUACCACGUGUUUCCCCUGAAGCAUGUCGUUGUCGAUGCAGCAGCCACUGCAGAAUGAUUCCGAGGCCUAGCCGCGGUGACAAAAACAAGUUCCGCUGAUGAGUUUGACCAUUUGUUGGUUGGUGGGCUCGUUCAAAUCUAUGUCGAACUUCACCAGCGGAUGCCCACGGCGGAAUAAAAGUUGUUUUUAGUGCAUAAAUUAUAUCCCCUGAAAUACAGCGGCUCGUAAAAAAUAACCACCACAUCAAAUCGUGAACUCGGAAGUUGGGGAAGCAACAAAAAAUAACGCAAGAACCCGUGGAUACGAAUUCCCAAUCGUCGUCGGCCGGGACGAGCUCGCAAUCCGGUCGAAGGCUUGUGUCGUAAAAAAGGGAUCAGCCUUGUGGCAGCGUUUUUUUUAGUGUAUCAGAGUGUCACUCUACAAACGGCAUAUAUUGAAACAUAGAAAAAGUGUACAGUACCAGUCGCCGGAGGCAAUCGAAAGCAGGAUGGAAACACGAAUAGGAGGAUUACUGGGAUUACUCUCCUGCUAUUGCAUCGUGAUUGCCACUGUGCUCCACAUCAUCGGCGGGGAAGUGCAGUCGUACUGGGAGCAGCCCUACGCUCAGCCUUACUUCGACAAUAGCACCCGGCGAGAGAUAACCGCCACCGUUGGGCAAUCAGCGCUUCUGCACUGCCGGGUGCGGAACCUGGGCGACCGGGCGGUGUCCUGGAUCCGGAAGCGUGAUCUGCACAUUCUAACGGUGGGCAUCCUCACGUACACCAACGACCAGCGGUUCCAGUCGCUGCACACCGAGGGCGGCGACGAGUGGACGCUGAGGAUUACUUCGCCACAGCCUCGCGACUCCGGCACGUACGAGUGUCAAGUGUCAACCGAACCGAAAAUUUCACAAGCCUUUCGGCUCAGUGUUGUGGUUUCCAAAGCAAAAAUCCUCGGCAACACGGAGCUGUUUAUCAAGAGCGGAAGCGACAUCAACCUCACAUGUGUGGCGCUGCAAUCGCCGGCGCCGCCCUCCUUCAUCUACUGGUACAAGGGAGGUCGCGUGGUUAAUUACUCGCAGCGGGGCGGAAUCAGCGUGCUAACCGAGCGGCAAACCAAAACAAGCAAACUGGUCAUUGCCCGGGCGGUGGCGUCCGACUCCGGGAACUACACCUGCUCGCCCAGCAGCUCCGAUUCUGCCAGCGUGGUCGUGCACGUCAUAAACGGCGAGCAACCAGCCGCAAUGCAGCACGGGAAUAGCAGCGCUAAUAGCAUUUUAAUAAAUAAACAUAGUUUUAGCUUAGCGUACUUGGGAGCCGUUCCGCGUGGUACAAGUUUAAUAAUAUCAUUAACAUCGUCAACCCUCGGUAUGAUACUGAAAUCGAUUUUCCUGCACGGUGCAUACAGGUGACUUAUGGUGUGAAAUGUUGGAUGUUACAGCGUUUGAAGAGCACCGAACCGAUUCGGUGCGAGGCCGGUUCGAUAGGUUUAUGUGAACAUAGAAUUCUAAUGAUACUUGAAGAUUUAGAAGCAAAAAAGAGUCUUUUACUGUGAGAUAGGAUUAGGUAGAGUGUAAUCUGAACAAAAAAGGUAAUAGACGCCAAAUGAGGUCAUUUGAUUCACAAUAACGCCAUGUAGGAUGUCUUAAUUUGGAAAAGUCAUGGCGAAUUUAUUGAAGGUUCUCCAUUUAGAUCAAUUUUGUAAAGCAAAUCACAAGCUUUCAUGAAAAUCAUGAAGAUCAAAGGUUUGAUAUAUUCCGAGUUCUGUAUAUAGUACAUCACACUCAUAGGCGUUUAUUUUUGUAUCAUAUUCAUAGUCGUUUCCCAAAGCUUUUCGGAAAAUACAUUCUUUGACAGUUACAGUUAACUGCAGACAGAAUUGAAGUCAUACACCAGAUUCACUGCAAGACAAUAUUUAAUUUUAAUUUAAUUUAUAUUUUUAAGACAUGAAGCUAGACUUUUGAGUUAGCCCUGAGUUAGCCCCGAAGAAAACACUUCGCUUACUGCAUUUCUAAAGAUAAAAGUCAAUGAUAUGAAACACAUCUGAUUUUGUGACGAUCAUUUUUAUGUGACAUAGCAGACCUGACGAACUUAGUUUCGCCUAAAAUUGAUUUAUGCUCUGCUUAGUUAUCGAAUAAUGCAGUAAUUUCAGUUUCAUUUGUACCUUCCCCGGUCCCAAAAAGCUGUGCAUACAAAUUUCCACGCAGAUCGGUUCAGUAGUUUCGGAGUCUAUAAGGUUCAGACAGACAGAAAUUCAUUUUUAUGUAUAUAGAAGAAGAAGAUUCAAGAUUCAUUUUCAUGGCAAUUUCUCUAUUUCACUUUGAGGACUGCGAUCAAUGUCACUAAUAGCACAAUUGACAUAUUUAUAUCUCUUCUUCUUCUUCUUCUUCUUCUUCUUCUUCUUCUUCUUCUUCUUCUUCUAUGGCUCUACAUUCCAAUUGGAACCUAAUUGAAAGCUUUUCCAUGCCCGCCAAUGCAUGAGUAUCAGUGGCGUAGCCACGGGGGUGGUUUUGGACAUAAACUCCCCCCCAGAGACAAAAUUUUUAGAAGAAUUUUUUUUUCGAACCUUCUCGAAUUAAAUAAAUGUUCAGAAAAGCUCCCCCCAGAAUAAUUUCCUGGCUACGCCACUGAUGAGUAUGUAUAUUGUGUGGCAAGUACAAUGGAUACACUAUGACCAGGGAGCCCACCCGAAAACAUCCUUGGCCCGACCGAGCAUUGAACUCGCAGUCUCCGAAUUGGCAAUCCUAUGCAUUUGUUUGCAAGGCUAACUGGAGAUACCAGCCGAAAGUUACUUGGUUGAAUAACACGUUAGGCCGAAGGUUAUCAAGGCGAAUUUCAUUUGACGAAUUGGACAAUUGGUCGAAACGGUUAUUAGUCCGAUAACUGUUUUUGCAAAAAUGUCAUUUGGCUGAAUGUGACCUAAAGACAAAAAGAACAUACAGCCGAACUGGUCAUUUGGUCGAAAAUAUGGAAAUGGUCGUUUGGCAGAAAGAACCAUUUGGCCGAAAAUGUCAUUUGUGCGAACGGGAUUUACGGACGUAAAAUCCGUUGGGCAAAACAUGUUGUUGCGUGAGAAUGCAUAAUGUAGAACCCCUGUUUUAUUUCUGUGCUGCAGACUUCGGGAUUUCACAAGUUUCGUUUUGUCGUUUAUCUCGCACGAGACAGAGCGGGCGCUUUAGAUCUAAUUCUAAUGUGAAAAAACACCGUCAUUGUAAGUGAUUCAUGUUAUUUGUAUUGACUAUCAUCAAUAAAGUUAUUUUGACUUUGUAGUAUGCGGUAAGCUAAUCAUCAAGUGUUUUAUUUGCCCGGCUGAAAGAGAGGUGCCCAAUGUCCUGCUUUCAAUACAGGUCAUAUGGCUGAAACUGUCGUUUGGUUGGACAAAAGUCAUUGUGAAAAAUGUGUGUUUGAAGAUAAUUGAGAAGUGAGAAAUGAGACGCGAUAAAUUAUAGAUAAAAAAUGAGAAAUAAGAAGUGAUAAAAAGAUGUAAGAAGUAAGACGGAACUUCUUACUGCAAAGCGUGAUAAUUGAGAAGUAAGAAAUGAGAAACUUUGGAAACGUGAAUUGUCAAGGAGAAUUGAAAAAAUGUUUCAGAUUAGAAAAUGUAAUUUUUUAUUUAAGUCAUUGCUUAAAGUCAUCGUAAAUUUUUGAGUUGUUUAUAUUACAAAUUUAUGAAACAGUAUACCCUUUCUGAUUUUCAAGAGUCAUUUUUAUGAUUGAACUUUCCUUUUGAAAUAUCCGAACACCAGAUGAACUGCCGCGAAUCAUUAACGCAAUAUCAAACCAAAUCAAUCACUAUAACAUCCUACAUGGUCAACCUUCUAUGUACAUAUGGUGAUCCAUUUAGCCCCGACUCAGAGGCAUGGUUCCUCUCGUUAGGAUAGUAAAUUGAUAGCAACAAAAAAUAGUGAAUUUACAUUCGAUAAUCACGCAUCGCACAUCCAAUUUGUACAGUCAUAUUUCCGAGUUCAUUGUAGGUAUAACCAGGCGGAAUCGGACGAGCAAACCAUGCAGAAGUGUGUACACUGGACAGAUGGAAAAAGUUAAUUGAAAAUUUCUGGCACGGACCUGUUUGAUCUGAUACGCGAGAUGGGCACUGUUCGGGUUCAUAUUAUGGCCAAUUAAUUAUAGAAAUGUAAUUUUGUUGACGUUUUACGAAUUACAAUCAUAUUUUUAUUUUUUUUAGCAAAGAUAAGAAACUAAAUGAUUUCUUAUACGUAGAACAUACAAUAAACAACUAUUAGAAAUUGUAAACCAUAAAAUGAGUACCUUUAUAAUUUUGAUUCCCUGUGUA